AAAUUUGACCCCACAGAAAAAAUUUUUCCUUCGAGAGAUCGUUCCCCUCUCUCUCCUCUCUCUUGCUAAUGGAACAUGCCCUAAUUCCCACCUCUUCGUCACCACCGUCCGAUCAUGAUCAUGAUCCUGAUCCGUCCGAUCAUGAUCAUGAUCAUGAUCAUGAACCCGAUUACUCACCGGUUGGAUCUCCGGAACUUGCUGAAUCUUACUUCCCCCAGGCGCCCGAUCUACCUCAGGCUGCUGUGCUAUCUGAUGAUCUUCGGAACAAGAUCAUUAAACAGGUAGAGUAUUAUUUCAGUGAUGAAAAUCUGCCAAAUGACAAGUUUUUGAUGAAGUAUGUAACUAAAAAUGCAGAAGGUUUUGUUUACUGUCUUCCAGUUCCUGUUGGAGUUAUUGCUUCUUUCAGAAAGAUGAAGAAGCUCACAAGAGACGUAUCAUUGAUAGUGGCAGCCCUUAGGGAAUCCGAGCAUCUUGUAGUUAGUUCCAAUGGGAAAAUGGUGAAGCGUCUUCAUCCUCUUCCAUUAGCUGAGGUCAAGGAUCCUAUGCUGUGCACGGUUUUGGUGGAGAAUUUGCCUGAGGAUCAUUCAGUAGAGAACCUUCAGCGAGUGUUUGGUGAAGCUGGAAACAUAAAGCAUAUUACAAUCCGUGACCCACAUGCUACAAGGGAGCCCAAAAAGGUUACAAUUGCAGAAAAGCUGCUGAGUGGGAAGUUACAUGCUCUUGUGGAGUAUGACACUGUGGAGGCUGCUGAGAAAGCUGUGGUCACUUUAAAUAAUGAACAAGAUUGGAGAUUCGGAUUGAGGGUCAAGCUUCUUAAGAAAACGAACAAGCCUGGACAGAAGAAAAAAAAUUGGAGGGAAUCAGAGCCAGAGAAGAGUAACAACACUCAAGUAUCUGAUCCAGUUGGGAAUGAGGAGAAUCUUUAUUCAAGUGAGCAUCACGACGAUUCACACGACGAAGAGGACAUGGAGCAUUUAGCGAAGGAGAAAAAUGGGGCACAUUUACCUAAAGAGAAAGACGGGCAUAAAGGUCGAAACAGAGGGCGUGGAAGGAGACAAAAACUUUAUGGCACAAAUGGACAUGGCCAUGGAACACAUGCUUCUGGUCAUGGUAUUGAGCCUUUAAAGCCGCCUCCAGGCCCAAGAAUGCCUGAUGGAACCAGAGGAUUUACUAUGGGGAGAGGCCGGCCACUGGCUUCCAAUUGAUCAUCUAUGUUUGACUAAGCUUAAAAGUUACUUAACUUCAUUGAAAAGUCUCUACAGACGUACUUUUCAAUUAAGCUUUGCUGAACAUAAGAGAGCCGUUUCACUAGCUGCCUGUUGGUGGCAAAGUAAAUAUAUUUAUGAGGUCUACAAUAUCAAGUGGAGGUUAUUCAGUUAACAGUGUGUUUUAUUGCUUUAAAUCUGUAUUUGAGGGAUUUCACAUUGUUGCGUGGAUUUGCAAAUGGACCUUGUCUUAUUUUGAUAUUGUGGACCAGAAAAUGUAACAUUAUCGAGUUUCCAUGUAGUCUGGGCAUUUAAAAGUUGGUUUGAUUUGUCGAGAAAUGGAAAAGUUAUUGCCUUGAUGACA